CACCUAAAAUAAUUAUUAAGUUAAAAUAUUUAUAACUUAUCAACUAAAAGAAUGAGAAUUGCUUGUGCAGACUCCAAUCCAUAUUCCAUAUUUUACAUAUCAGUAUUCGCAGUAUUUGACAAACAUCACAGUAUCAGUAUUUGCAGUAUUUGACAAACAUCACAGCAUGCCAAACUUGAAUUAAAUUUCCUUUCCGUAAGAUUUGAUUUUCUUCCACAAGCAACAAAUUUUUGAUUUCUUUCACAUUCAAAUCUUUGACGAACGAGUAUAUUCAAUCUAUUUAAACCUCAAUUCCUCACCCCCAACUCACCUCUUCAUCUGUUCAUUUAACUAAAAUUUGCAGAUUCUCUCUACAAAACCCCAGCUGGUGCGGCGCGAUUAGGACGUGAACUUUAAAUUAUCGCAGUUAACUUUCAAAGCUCAAGUUUCAGAACAAUGAGGAAUACACGCGCACAGUCCCACAACGCCGAGAGUUCAAAUACUAAUCACGAAGCAGAAGCAGGACGAACUCAUCCAACAAAUGGAGGAGACUUCAUGAGUCAAUUCUUGAGCGCUUUACAGGGUUUUGUCCAACAGCAGGCCCAAACUCAGGCUACCCAAACCGACCUAAACCGAACCUCUAACACGAUAGAUCAAGCUGUAGAGCGAUUUCGAAACUAUAAUCCACCACGAUUCAAUGGACGUGAUGGACCGCUAGCAGCCGAAGAGUGGUUGGAAGAGCUUGAACGUAUCUUCACUCACAUCAACUGUAGUGAUGAGCAGAAAGUUUCAUGCGCUGUUUUUCAACUCAAAGAGGACGCUCGACAAUGGUGGAAACAUUUCUAUCGUCUGUUGGGAGAGGAAGAUCGCAAUGUUCUAAAUUGGAAAAUUUUCAAGGAGGUGGUAAUGAAUAAAUACUUUCCUCUCUCAUUCAGAGAAAAGAAGGAGACCGAGUUCUUUGAGUUGAAACAAGGGAAUAUGACUAUAGAGGAGUAUGAAAGGAAAUUCAAUGAGUUGGCCCGUUUUGCUCCACACCUAGUUGAUACAGAAGAUAAGAUGAUCGCUAGGUUCAGAAAAGGGUUAAGAAUUGACAUCAAAGGAAUUAUGGCUGCACAUGUGAUUGACGAUUUCAGCGACCUGGUUAAGCGAGCAGAAGAAGUGGGCACGGCUCUUGGAACAAACCAUCCUACAUCAAAAUUUACAAAUCAACCAAUGAAGAGGAAAUGGGAAAAUCCUAACCAAAGUGGAGGAAACUUCCAAGAUAAGAGGUCGAGAUUUGGCGUCGAAACCAUGCAACAAUUAAGUGCCGCGAAAGAGAAGUCGUGUUCAAAAUACCAGGGGAGAAAGAAGUUGCUAUUCAAGGAUCAAAGUUAA